AAUUUGUUUUCUUUUUGGCGUGGGUGUGCGAGUGAGUCACUACUAGCAUGAAGGAUCUUGAAAAAAAAUUCUGAAUUAUCGAAUGACAUCCAAUAAUCCUUUGGAUAUCAUGGACGACGAGGAGUUUGAUUGGGAAGCAGCUGCUAGAGAAAUCGACGUUGUUUGCCAGAUGGCGAGUGACGCACAGAGAAAGGGAGAGCAGCAAUCGGCUCUCAAGAAGGAAUCCCCAACACCGCAGUUCGAAGAAGAUGGCGAAAACCCUACCUUUGUCCACCACAUCGAUGCCGAGGCAGCCAAAACCUGGAUAUAUCCGGUUAAUGUUCCUCUCCGUGACUAUCAAUUUGAUAUUACCCAGUCCGCACUCUUCUCCAACACAUUGGUGGCCUUGCCAACGGGACUUGGCAAAACACUCAUUGCUGCAGUUGUCAUGUAUAACUACUUCAGAUGGUUUCCUCAAGGCAAAAUAGUCUUUGCCGCUCCUUCUCGGCCACUCGUCAUGCAGCAGAUCGAAGCUUGCCACAAUAUUGUUGGAAUACCUCAAGAAUGGACAGUUGAUAUGACUGGUCAGCUAAGUCCCCCCAAAAGGGCUCAAUUUUGGAAAAAGAAGCGAGUAUUCUUUGUCACUCCUCAAGUAUUAGAAAAGGAUAUUCAUUCUGGUACAUGUUUGGUGAAGUACUUGGUAUGUUUGGUCAUUGAUGAAGCUCAUAGAGCAAUGGGAAAUUACGCUUAUUGUGAAGCAGUUCGUGAGUUAAUGGCUGUACCGGCACAGCUGAGAAUAUUAGCGUUAACUGCAACACCGGGAUCCAAGCAACAAACAGUUCAGGCUGUCAUUGAUAAUCUGCAUAUCUCCAGACUUGAUUAUCGGAGCGAAACUGACCAUGAUGUUAUGUCAUAUGUUCACAAUAGGAAGAUAGAAUUGAUACAGGUUACGAUGGGCCCAGAAGCUGUAGAAAUAAAUAAUAAGUUUAUGGAAGCAAUACGCCCUAUAGUAGCGAGGCUUACAAAUAUUGGUGUCAUUCAGAACAGAGAUUACCGCACUUUGAGCCCUUGUCAAUUACUUGAAAUUAGGGAAAAUUUUCGUCAAAGGCUUAGGCAAGAUCUUUCUCGUGUCAACUAUGAAGAUGUUGAAGGAUAUUUUGGAGUUCUCAUCACUCUUUAUUACAUCCAUAAGUUACUUUCAAGCCAUGGAAUAAGGCCAGCAUACGAGAUGCUUGAGAGAAAAUUGAAGCAAGGAUAUUUUGCAAAAUUUAUGAGUAAAAGUGAAGUUAUUCUGAAAGCAAGGCAACUAAUGCAGCAAAGUUUGUCUCAUGGAGCAUCCAGUCCAAAAUUGUCCAAAAUGCUAGAAGUAUUGCUGGAACAUUUCAAAACCAACGAUCCACAAAGCUCCAGGGUAAUUAUCUUCUCCAAUUACAGAGAAAGUGUCAGGGAUAUAAUGAAUGCACUUAAAGAUAUUAGGGAAUUAGUUAGAGCUACCGAGUUUAUUGGUCAAAGUUCAGGGAAAGCAAUGAAAGGUCAGUCCCAAAAGGUUCAACAGGCUGUGCUGACGAAAUUUCGGUCUGGCACCUAUAAUGUCAUUGUUGCCACAUCAAUUGGUGAAGAAGGUCUUGACAUCAUGGAAGUUGAUCUUGUCAUAUCUUUUGAUGCUAAUAUUUCACCACUUAGAAUGAUUCAGCGAAUGGGGAGAACCGGAAGAAAGCAUGAUGGACGAGUUGUAGUUUUUGCUUGUGAAGGGACUGAGUUGAAGGGCUACUUGCGAAAACAGGCAAAGAGCAAAACUAUAAAUAAACACAUGCGCAAUGGGGGCCUAAAUAGUUUUUCCUUUCAUCCUAGUCCAAGGAUGAUUCCUCACGUCUUCAAACCGGAAGUUCAAUAUGUUGAACUGUCCAUUGAGAAAUUUAUUCCCCGUCAAAAGAAUGUGAAGGAUGACGAGCUCCACAUUUCUCCAUCGAAGGACAAACUCACUGUGGCUGAAAUUGAUUUACUUGAAACGUAUUUUCACCCUACUGGGGAAAACAAUUGUAGAAUCUCUCUUAUUGCCUUUCCCCACUUUCAGACCUUUCCUUCUAGAGUGCAUAAAGUUAAGCAUUCAUCUGGAACAUUAAUGUUUAUAGACAUGAUGCAGCGUAUGCAAGGACUAGCAUCAUUUCCAAAAGAUGACAAAACUUCUUCACUUCAGGAAGAUCUCUGCUUGGGACAUAGGAAGCCUGUCGCCCCUAUCAAACUUGAUAAAGCUAAUAUGGACAGUGAAUCAUGCUUUACGCAUGCAUUGAGAACGAGUGUAGACUCUGUUAAUUGUCUGGACCUGGAUUCGUGUCAUUUGGGCAUUCAAAGCAAAGACUUCGUUGAUCUAACUUGGCAAGAAGAAACAUGUGAGGGUGAUGAGGCAAUUCACGAGACUCCAAUGUAUAAGAGAAGUGUGUCAAAUGAAACAUAUAAUGCUGGUCAAAUGGCAAAUCUUAUGGAGAUUGAGACUUCUUCGUUGGUUGCAGAUGCAUGCAUUAAUGACAUGAAAGAUGAAGAACUUAGUCCACGUUUAACGAAUUUCAUUAAAAGUGGUGUAGUUCCCGAGUCUCCCAUUGAUGAAAGAGGGAACUCAGGAUUACAUUCUGUCAUAUGCGACUAUAUUUUACCUGUCAGUGUCCACAAAGAACAGAAUGUUAGUUCUUUAAGCUCAGGGGAAACUAAAAUGGUCGACAAUGAAAAGGGCACCGAUAAGAAUGUCUGUACUUCCUCUUUCAAUGAAACUCAAAGCCCGUUGCUUGACUUGAAGAAUUGUACAAUUAGAAGAGGACGAGUCUUUCUUUCCCAAACUGAGGAAGGCCGUGUACAUAACUCUGACCUAAGCCUCAGUGAAGAAGGGCUUCCAGCAGAUUGUGGUGAAAUGUCUGAAAGCGUUAAACCUUCACGUAAAUUUAAAAGGCUGCGAAAAGCUGAAGAUACUGAAAGCAAUAGGAAUCAGAAAAAUAUUAAAUUUUUUGAUUCAACAGUGAACUUUCUCAAGUCAUCUCAUGCCUCCAAUCCCGCACAAUAUAAGCAUGGACGAGGUAAAAGGAAAUCAACAUACAAUGUGAGAGACUUCAUUGAGGAGGAAGCUGAGGUAUCUUCAGAUGCCUAUGUAUCUAAUGAUGAAGAUGGCGAGGAUGAUAAUUCAUUUGACAGUUUCAUAGAUGACAGGACCAACCCUACGGCAGUCAGUCAGCCUGAAGCUAGUAGAAUGGACAUGAUGGCAAUUUACAGGCGUUCUUUGCUCAGUCAAGCACCGCGGAAUGGAGCGCUUGAUUUUUCUGCCACCUUCACUCCCGACCGUGUGACUAUGGCAGCCAGUACCAGUGAAAGUGGGGAUUCUUCAGGGAAGUCAUUCAAUCAUUUCCAUACAGAGGCAACCAAAGAGUCAGCAAAUCGGACUUCGGAAUCCAUUAGCAUCGACCAGACAACCUCAGAAGCAGUGUUUUCAAGUUGUUGUCCUAUGGGAAAUGGGACAGAGAUAAAAAGUCACAAACGAAGAUUGUCGUUUUACCACUCUGAACACUUCCCGAGUAUGAACCUUGAACAAGAAUUUGCUCUUGAAUCAAAGAAAGAAGUGGGGGAUGUCGAUGCAACUACAAAUGUAUUGUGUGAUGAUCAGUUUUAUAAUGAUCUCGAUCUUGACGAGUUGGAGGCGAAAGCAACUUUGCUUCUAAAACGGAAAUUAGAUUUGUCCAUUCAGAAGCAAGAUAAGGUCUCUCAAUCUCACUUACCCAACCUUGAUAUUUUUGGGUCUCCUUCAUUUGACCUGGGGAUAUGAAAAGCAUCACAUAACUCAUGCAGCAUGAAUCUUACAUUUUGGAAAUUAAUUAAUCAAUGUGGUGUAAGCCAAAUACAAUAAAUCUUUUAGGCUACAUAUUUAUACAGUGGUAUUUUAUUGUAUAGCUAAACUAGGUAGUUAAACUUUGUUUGGAAGAGAAUACGGUUAUAGCUUCGUCUAAAACACCUUGAUUGAAAGGGUAUAUCAAUGCCUCUUGUAUAUUCGUCUGAACCCGAUUGUUAUUAACCAGCUCGUCAUGACAAUUUGACAAA